GUCUUUGACAAAGUGACUAGCAAAGAGAGAGUAAAAUAACUUGCCUAUCACAGUUGCCUAUACAGGGGUGACUAGUCAGUAGUCACUAGUGUUUGAACUUAGCAGUGAGUACCUAUUUUCAGUAUUAGUUUGGUGUGCGUCUGUUCAGGUAUAGACAACGCAUAAAAACGAUAAGAACGCAAGCAGAAAAAAAUUAAAUUUUCACGUAAAAUGUCCGAAAAACAACAACCCGAAACCUCGGAAAUAUUAUCUCAAGAAUGGAUGUUUACAGUAUCCGUCUCCAAUAUCGGACCUAAGGAAAAAUUGGCUGUGACAGGAAACAUUACAGAACUUGGUGAAUGGGACUACAAGAAAGUUAUUUUUCUUGACCAUGUCGAUGGUACAGAUUUGUGGACUAAAACAGUUAUCAUUCCGAAUACUUGUGAUAUUUUCUACCGUUAUGCCAUAUGUCUGUAUAAUGAAGAAACAAAAGAUGUUAUUGUUCGUCGAUGGGAGACUAACAUUCAACCUAGAAUUAUCAAAGAUAAUAUGCUUCACCCAGUAACUGAUAUAUUUGGUGAAUAUGGCGGAAAACAAAACAUUUCUAAAGGAUGGUUGACUUCACAAAGUUUAAUUCAAUUUAAAUUCAUUAACAAUCCCUUAAAACUAAAAAGUCGUUUAGUUGGACGAGUAAUGAAUAUAAAAAUUACGCCAGUGAAGUUAUCUUUCGGGGCUGAGCCUCAAAUAGAAGAUUCAUCCCUUAGUACAGACACAUCAGAUAUAGAAAUACCUGUUGGUGUGUUUGUUGAAGUAGCUACUCUUGAUAAUGACCCUUCUACAUGUAAUCUUCAGCCUCAAGAACAGUUUGGUCGAGAGUAUAAGACAAAUGAUGUCAUGUUAGUCAAUGUUUUAGCCCCAAACCCUAAAAGUCUUGCAUACCUCAUAGAUUUCUAUUCCUAUAGCUCCCAUGCUUCUGAUGAUGAGCCUCCAUCUCACAUAGGGUACACAUAUGUUCUGCCUAACAUGUUUAAGCCUUCAGAAGGCUCAUUAGAACUACCAGUUACCUGUAAUGUUAAGCAUCGGCCUCUUGGUACUAUUAAUUUUGAAUAUCUAAUAAUCUCACCUAUUGAAGACAGUCUCUGUACAUUAGAAGUAUCUUAUGCUAAACAUUGGGAUCCCUCUUGGACUGGACUGGAAGUUGGGCAUAGAGGCUUGGGGGCUAGUUUUAAAACAAAAGAGGGAAAUGCCAUUCGUGAAAACACAAUAGCUUCCCUUAAAAAAGCAGCUGCCAGCGGGGCAGAUAUGCUGGAAUUUGAUGUGCAACUAAGUAAAGACAUGAUACCAGUUAUUUAUCAUGAUUUUCAUGUGUGUAUUUCAAUGAAAAGAAAAAAAGAAGUUGACUUCACAGAGAUGCUAGAAUUGCCAGUGAAAGACUUGACCUUGGAGCAUCUACAAAAACUUAAGGUGUACCACUUAGUUGAAGGGCGCAACCAUGAAAUUUUGUUCUUUGAUGAAGACUUAGAAGAACACCAGCCUUUCCCGACACUUGAAGAUGCUCUUAAGCAGUUAGAUGAACAUGUUGGCUUCAACAUUGAGCUCAAGUGGACCAUGGAACUAAAUGAUGGAACCUUUGAAUUAAACAAUCCUUUUGACAUGAACACUUAUGUUGAUAAGGUAUUAGAGGUUGUUUUAAAAUACGCCGGGCAGCGUCGCAUCGUGCUCUCUUGUUUUAAUCCCGAUAUAUGCACUAUGGUGCGUAACAAACAAAAUAAAUACCCUGUAAUGUUCUUAACUGUGGGAAUUUCUGAAAAGUACCAGCCAUAUAGAGACCCAAGAUGUUUAACAAUACCAGCGGCUGUACAAAACGCCAUUAGCUCAGACAUUUUAGGAAUUGUCGUUCACACCGAGGAUUUGCUUCGAGAUCCGACUCAGGUUAAAUUGGCAACGGACGUCGGUCUAGUCAUAUUUUGCUGGGGAGAUGACAAUAAUGAUAAAAACACUAUAAAAAGACUUAAGGAGAUGGGCCUGCAUGCUGUGAUAUAUGAUAAGCUUGACGAGUAUACCACCAAAGAAGUCAAGGAGAGCAUAUUCCUGAUGGAGGCGCGCGAGUCGCAGCGGGAGAUAAUGCGCCUCACCGCGCUCGAGGCGUCACACUCCGGCAGCGAGUCCACGCCUACAGACGCGCCCCGCCCUUACCUCGACCUCGCGCAACACCGAGUCUUCGAAACCCGCUCCACAGUAACCUCGCUCGAGUCCCUCGCCUCUAUCGACAUCCGAGACGAACAAACCGAUAGGAACUUGAAACGCAACCGAGACCUAAUCAGAACUAUCGAUAAGGAGUCCCAGGUUAAGGAGCAACGCAUUUCGUUCAAAGGCCUAUUUACGAGUUGCGAUACUUCUAAAGGUUCUCCGAAGAAGUUCCGUAAAGAAGAUUAAAUAGAUACCGCGGUACAUGAAUCUGACACGAUACAAUUACUAGGAGAUUUGCACGAUAAAUUUUGAGUAAUUGUACAAAUAAUAUUUGCUCUAUUUUUUACUAUGUAAUUAAUUCCAUGUAUCUCUUAUAGAUUUUUUUUUUCAUUUUGUAAUGUAUUAAAUCGAAUUUUAGCUGUGUAGGUACUUAAAUUGCGUAAAGUAUUAAAUUUAUGAAAGUAUUGUUGGUGUGGUAUUUUGUUUUAAUAAAUGUCUAGUACCAUUCAAUAUGUUUCGUUACGUAUAUUUUUAUAAGAAUUUAAUUAUUAAAUGUAACCAUAUUCAUGUCGAGCUGAGCAUAACAUUACAUUCAUAUUUUCAUUCUGUAGUGACAAGGUUAGACAAUUUUUACGAAAAAAAAAAAAAAAUAGCCAUAGUUUAUGUUUUCUUUUUUUAAAAUAAAUAAUUAAGACAUUGCUUUUUUACUAUUUAUUUCGCAAGUGAAUGUAUGGUUAGGUAAUAUGUGGUUAGUUGCUUUCUUUAUUAGGUGGCUUGCCAAUAUUUUCAGUGUAUACAAAGAUAUUUUUUAAAUUGCACUUUUAAUAUGUCAUGUUUCAUAAUAGAUAGAGUAAUUGAUUUUGAAAGAAAAAAGAUAGAUAAAGUAAUUGAAUUUGUAAGUAUUUAGUCUGUGAUACAUUGUAGAUUUUAGACAUUAAAUAUUUUAAACUCUUGUAUUUUAAUAAACAGUAAAUCACAA